AUAAAAGCGUCUAGUUUCGGUGGUUUCGGCUGGAUCCGCGAGACGGCGCCACGCGUCCGGAAAGCGAGUUGCUCGGUUGCUCGCCGCUCUCUCCGCCGCUUGCCCCGAAGUGCAAACAAAACUCGCACCGAAGUUUGUUCACUUUUUGUGGCGUGCGUGUGUGUGUGUGUGUAUUUUUUUGUUUCUCUCGAGUUUGGUCGGAAUGUGCGCGUCGUCGGGCCGGCCCGCGGGUGUCUCGCUAUAACGUCGGACGACCCGUAGACGCGGACCGGAGCCGCAACAAUGCCCGACUGCGAUCGCGAGCCGACGUGACCGCAACAGCCGAGCGUGUCCAACGUCCCAUCGAGCGGCGUUGGGGGGACCGCUCUCUGGCCAUGGCCAACCCCCCGACAAGGAGGCACGGGGCCAUGAAGAUCAGACUCACAGUGCUCUGUGCCAAGAACCUGAGCAAGAAGGACUUCUUCCGCCUUCCGGACCCGUUCUGCAAGAUCAGCGUGGACGGGUCUGGCCAGUGUCACUCGACGGAUGCCUGCAAGAACACCCUGGACCCAAAGUGGAACCAGCACUACGACCUGUACCUGGGACGCUCCGACUCGAUCACCCUGAGCGUCUGGAACCACAAAAAGGUGCAGAAGAAGCAGGGGGCAGGCUUCCUGGGCUGCGUCCGCAUCAUGGCCAACGUCAUCCAGCAGCUGAAGGACACCGGAUACCAGCGGCUGGACCUGACACGCAGCAGCGGGGACGACGGGGACCUGGUGCGGGGCCAGAUUGUGGUGAGCCUGCUCUCCAGGGACGGCCACGGCCUGGGCAGCCAGAACGUGGUGGUGGACCUGCUGGGCAACCUCUCCCUCCAGGACGACCUGCCCGAAGGGUGGGAGCAGAGGCGCGCGGCCACGGGGCGUGUGUACUACGUGAACCACUGGAGCCGCUCCACCCAGUGGGAGAAGCCAGUCAGGCCUGCCUACGAGCUGCUGGGCGUGGCGUCCCCCAACGGGGCCCCUCCCUGCCCGCCACCCCUGGGGGGCCGGGGCGGACAGCGGCAGUCGAUGCCGCCCCCGGCCUGCCCCGUCGCCCCGCCCAACCAGGACUGGGGCCAGGCCCCGCCUCCCCCCGGGGAGGACGGGGACCCGCCCCCUCCGUGCGAGGGGCCGCCCCCCAACGCCCGGCGGAGGUCGACCCGACACCGCAACUACCUGGCUCGCAACCAGCUGCACAGGGCCACCGCCGACCUGCCCGAGGGCUACGAGGUGCGGACGACGCAGCAGGGGCAGGUGUACUUCUACCACGUGGCCACGGGAGUGAGCACCUGGCACGACCCCCGGGUGCCCCGAGACCUGGGGGCCCUGGACCCGGAUGCCCUGGGGCCCCUUCCCCGGGGCUGGGAGGUGCGCUCCACGCCCACGGGCAGGCUCUACUACGUCGACCACAACAACCGCACCACCCAGUUCACCGACCCCCGGCUGCCCCUGGCGCCCAACGCGCAGGCGGCGCAGCCGGCACAGCCCCCCGCCGCUGCGGGCUCCACUCCGUCCAGGCGGAUCCCCGCACCCCAGGUGGCAUCUCCGGGGGCCGCCCCGCAACAGCAGCAGCCCCCUCCUCCCGUGGCUGCCUCCCCGUCGGUUCCCCCAGUCUCCCCUCCCGUGGCCCCCAUCUCCCCCAUCAACGUGAGCGGCCUGCCACCCCCGCUGCCCCCUGCCGCCGGCCCUCCAUCUGUGGCCAGCAACAACCACCGGAACAGCCUCUUCGGGGCCCCGUCCCCGGCGGCGCCCCCACCGCCACCGUCGGGAGGCCUGAUCGUGGAGCGGCCCCCCUCGCCCCCCGAGCUGUCCUGCCUGCCCAAAUACAAGCGGGACCUCGUCCAGAAGCUCUCUGCCCUGCGCCAGGAGCUGCAGACCGUGCAGCCGCAGUCGGGCCACUGCCGGCUGGAGGUCUCCCGGGAGGACAUCUUUGAGGAGUCGUACCGUCUCAUCAUGAAGAUGCGCCCCAAGGACCUGAAGAAGCGGCUCAUGGUCAAGUUCAGGGGAGAGGAAGGCCUCGACUACGGGGGAGUGGCCAGGGAGUGGCUGUACCUGCUGUCUCACGAGAUGCUCAACCCGUACUACGGCCUGUUCCAGUACACCAGGGACGACAUCUACACCCUGCAGAUCAACCCGGACUCCUCGGUGAACCCGGAGCACCUGUCGUACUUCCACUUUGUGGGGCGGGUGAUUGGGCUGGCGGUGUUCCAUGGCCACUACAUCGACGGGGGCUUCACGCUGCCCUUCUACAAGAUGCUUCUGGGCAAGCCCAUCCACCUGGACGACAUUGAGCUGGUCGAUCCGGACCUGCACCGCAGCCUUACCUGGAUGCUGAACAACGACAUAGGGGACGGCAUCGACACAACCUUUUCGGUGGAGCACAAUGCGUUUGGGCAGCUCCAGGUGCACGAGCUGAAGCCCAACGGCCGGGAGCUUCCGGUCACGGACGACAACAAGAAGGAGUAUGUCAGGCUGUUUGUGAACUACCGUUUCAUGCGUGGCAUUGAGCAGCAGUUCCUGGCCCUGCAGAAGGGCUUCAGUGAGCUCGUUCAGCCGCACCUGCUCAAGGCCUUCGACGAGAAGGAGCUCGAGCUGGUGAUUGGAGGCCUGGGCAAGAUUGACCUGGAGGACUGGCAGAAGCACACGAGGCUCAAGCACUGCACGGCCGACACCCCCGUGGUGCAGUGGUUCUGGCGCACUGUGGAGGGCUACAGCGAGGAGCGCCGGGCUCGCCUGCUCCAGUUUGUCACCGGAAGCUCCAGGGUGCCGCUGCAGGGCUUCAGGGCGCUGCAGGGUUCCACGGGAGCCGCAGGUCCACGGCUCUUCACCAUCCACCUGAUCGACGCCAACACCGACAACCUGCCCAAGGCACAUACUUGCUUCAACCGGAUCGACCUGCCGCCUUACGAAAGCCCCGACAAGCUCACGGAGAAGCUGACUCAAGCCAUAGAGGAAACGUGCGGAUUCGCCGUCGAGUGAAGUCGACACACCAGCCGGAAGGAAGCCAGUCACGCGCUCCUUUGUCGAUCCGGCCGUCUGCUAUGCAAUCGUCGUUCAGCGGUCCGCGCGUCGCGACGAGCGCCCUUCUUUAAUCUGAAACCCUCCUCCGAAUGCCUCGAUCGCGUUCACAGGCAUUUAUAGAACUCUCUCGAGCCUCUUGGGCCACUGAGGUCGCCCGGGGUCACCUCGGGGAAAGGUCACUGCGGGGCGGUCUUCCCCGCCACUUCGGGAGGCCGAGUUUUCCGGGUCGCGAAGCCGAGGUUCGUGCGAGCACGAGCCGACGAAGGUGCCUUUGCGCAGCCGCGGGCUCCACCGGCCCGCGAGAGUCAAUUGUGAUAGCGGCCAAGUCAAUGCAAGUUUGCGCCCCUCUCGGGCCACUGGAACGCGGGGCGCGCGGACACACUGCCCCUAUUUAUUUAUUCCCGGCACCAUUCGCCGGUCAAGACCGGAUGAGGUCUGGGGACGAACCGCGUGGUCCGUCGCGCACGACCCCACGUCGAAAUGGUUAUUGUUAAACGUAAAGUGUGCGCGUUACGCACGUCUGGGAAGUCGUCCGGCGACCGUUUGUUUGUGCGGUCGCCGAAACGUUCGGCGAAGGUGUUCGACAGACUGCCGCGCGCAGACGUGACGAGUACAGGUGGGCGGCGCUUGUUCCAGUGGUGCCGGGUCGUCGGCGUUUUUAAAUAAAAAAAUGCUCCCGUUUUCAAACGUCGUCGCGCUCAGCGCGGCAUCUGCGGCGGCGGCCGCCUUUUACCCGUGUCGUCUGUUCUUCGUUUUCGCGUCAAAACCCAAGUUUUACGACAAACGCCGCGUUUUGGGGCACCACAUUUUUUUUUUUCCAUUGCUCCGUGCGUGCACUGUUUUGUUUGAUGCUGUUGUAGCCAGAUGCAACUAGUCCUCGUCUGCCGAGUGCACAGCCUGUCGACUGCCCAGUAGCCCGAACAACAACAACAACAAGGAGAAGAGACUCUCGGGUGGAUUUCCUCGGCGUUUUGCGGGACGCCCCGACAGUCUUCCCAAUCCGCUUUGCGCCCUCCGGAGGCUCCCAGAUCUCACUCGAGCCUCCUCUCGUCGUGCCCCGCGAGAACGAAAUCGAAGCGUGGCGCUGCCGCAACUCCCCCGCGGCGAUGCCGCGGCACUCGAAACGCUUCCCCGACAAGUGUGUCCGGCGCGGCCUUGAAAGCGGUCCCCCGACUUCCGCCCGACGUCGGCGGACGUGGGCCAAAAGAUGCCCGUUGCGCUGCGGGUUGCUCCGCAGCCGGACGGUCGACAGAAACAAAAAUUUGCAGUCGUAUUUUGACCUAUCGAUCGAGUACGUGGCGAAUGCUAACUCUGGUCUCAGCCUUCCAGCCAUGUCCUCCCCAUGUACCAUUUUCUUUUUUUGGGGGGACGGGGGGGGUUUGCUUUUAUUAUUGGCACGUGGCACAAUUCGUUGCCGCUUUGGGACCGCUUUCGACCCACAGACAUUCGGACACACCGGUUGAAGAUGGGUUCGGGCCACCCUAGCGGCAUGCCGGUGGGGGGGUGGUGGGCGGCGCCCCCGGCUGGUCCCAGACGACUGGAGAAUCCACAUUCCACGAGCGCCGUCGAAAGUCGUUCCUCCGCAAACUGUGCCUGCCAUAUGUUUUUUCGUCCCCACGUCAGCAACGAACGUGCGACCGGCGUUGCGACGCCCAGCCGUGCCCACGAGACGCGCAUCGUCGUCGACCAGCGUCGUCAUCUCACUGUACAAAGAAGAAAAGAACCGGAGUCUCCGUAGGCUCCCGUCAGUUCAAUUCAGUACGGGAAACCGAGCUUUUUUUUUUUUUUUUCCUGCUUUUUUCUUACCUUCCCCCCUUUUUUUUCCCCCGGUUGUUUUGUAUUUUGCAUCCCCUCCCCCUUUCUCGUUUCCCCCCCCCAACAUAUUGUGUGGAGGAAGAGCGAAUAAAGUUGUACCAUAAAAUGGGA